AUGGGGCCCGGGGCCGGGGAGCUGGGUCGCCUGCUGCUGACCGUGGUCCUCACGCUGCCCACGAGGCCCGCAGGCUCCUGGGGUGCCCGGAUCAUUGGGGGCCAUGAGGUGACGCCCCACUCCCGUCCUUACAUGGUGUCUGUGAAAUUUGAGGGCGAGCACCACUGUGGAGGCUUCCUGCUCCGUGCCCACUGGGUGGUCUCCGCGGCCCACUGCUUCAGCCACAGGGACCCCCGAACGGGCCUGGUGGUGCUGGGGGCUCACAUCCUGCACGCUCCAGAGCUGACACAGCAGGUGUUUGGCAUCUCGGCUCUCAUCAGGCACCCGGACUACCAGCCCGCCACCCACGCCAAUGACAUCUGUCUGCUGAAGCUGAACCGCUCUGCUGUCCUGGGUCCUGCAGUGGGGCUGCUGAAGCUGCCGCAGAGAGGUGCCAGGCCACUCAAGGCUGGGGCGCGGUGCCAGGUGGCUGGCUGGGGCUCCAUAUCUGACUUUGAGGACCUGCCCCCCGGGCUGAUGGAGGCUGAGGUCCGCGUGCUGGGCCUGGACAUCUGCAACAGCUCUUGGAGGGGCCAGCUGAGCCCUGGCAUGCUCUGCACCCAAAGUGGGGACCGCCGGCGGCGUGGCUUCUGCUCAGCGGACUCUGGGGGGCCCCUGGUGUGCAGGAACCGGGCCCACGGCCUCGUCUCCUUCUCUGGACUGUGGUGCGGCGACCCCAAGACCCCCGAUGUGUACACGCAGGUGUCUGCCUUCGUGAGCUGGAUAUGGGAUGUGGUUCGAGGGCCCCGGCCCAGCCCCCUGCGCAAGACCACCAGGUCCCUGCAGGAGUCGCCGGAACCACAGCAGCACUGGGUAUACAAAUGA